UCUUUGAAAUGGACCCGCGCUCAAUUAAACGGCGGCCGAUUGACUCGACAACGUCGCAAGGCAAGCGCCUGGAACGCUUUUGUGAGGGCAAAGCUCAAUAGAGCAAACGAAACUCGUGGACCUGGGGAACGUUACCGGCUGCCGGCGUACAUUUCAGCACAUUAUGCUGAACUUCAGCAGACUUACGCACGCCUGUCGGAAAGCGAGAAAAAAAAAUUACGGCUCGGUAUUGAUGACCUGCGCGCAAUGCGGGUGAACAUUGUACGAUCGAAUCCAAAAGCUCUUCUGAAAGAUGUCAACUCAACCUUUAACACAAUGGAAAAAGAGGUCUUCAUUUCGGAGGCGACAUGCUCAUGGGUGUGCAUUAUAGGCGAAGAGUCAUCAAGGUCCGCAACACAGCGACUUCCGUUGUCGAAACUCGUCAGUCUGUCCAGGAAAAAUAUCCAAGAUGGCUUAGACAACAUCUUGCAGAAGAACAGGUUGGCAUCAAAGAAGAUCAAAAUGAAUUAUGAAAACUACGAGAAGAAUAUCGUCGAAGUCUACGCAGUUGCAAUCAACGGG